UCAGGGUGCGCCUUGACCCGAUUAUGAAGAACGUCGAAGAGGUCAUCGUUGCCAUCGGUGAUUUGGCGGAACAACACCCGUACUUGCUCGAGACCUUGCUCGUCUCGGGUGUCAUGCUCAUCAUCCCUGAAUCCUGGUUCCUUCGCCCACUGCUCCGACUCUUCGGGAUGUCCCCCGAAGGUCCCGUCCAAGGUUCCGUGGUGGCUUGGGCCCAGCGCACGUUCUUUGGCGGAACUAUCCCGAAGGGGAGUUGGUUCUCGUAUCUGCAACGCGCAGCUAUGGGUCACUGGGCGCGGAAAUCGAUCAAGAAGACCAUCCUCGGUUCUAUCUUGGGUGGCAUUGGGCUCAUUGGCGCCAUAUUCGCCAGCUGUGGCUGUGUCUGAGAUCGCUCAGGUUCCAUUAUCUCAAGCGCGGUAUAUGCGGCCCGACUACAGUGACCCGUACCAUACAAGAAGAGUCGUGCAUGUUCUUGCAAUUAGAGG